AUGUAUUUUUAUCAUACAAGAUGUGAUCACCUCUCUGUGUUUUGCUGCACACUGUGCUCUCUAUGUGUUCUGUGUGAUCUCUUUUCUUCUAUAGGAGGGGCCAUCAAACCUGUGGUGACCUUCACACCCAUAUGGAGGGAUAUAUUAUCAUAUGACAAUGUGACUCUAACAUGUGAUGUGCCGUCUACUGAGGAGCCCCGGACCUAUCAGUGGUACAAAGAUAACCAAACAAUACCAGGAGAGCAACAGAGACUUCAUAUCAUUGGAUCUUCCGUCUACCGGGACAGAGGAGAUUACCAGUGUCAGACCAUCGGUGGUGAUAUCAGUGAUCCCGUCUUCCUAAAUGUUACAGAAAAUUUUGUCAUCCUGCAGAGACCCCCAUCUGCCAUCUAUGAAGGAGACCCCCUGACUCUGAGAUGUCAUCAUGUAAAAGAUUUUCAUGCAAUAAACACAAAAUUCUACAAGGAUGAUCAGGAGAUAAAAUCAUCAGAAUCUGACUCCACAUUCCAUAUUCCUAAUAUAAGGAGGAGUCAGUCUGGACUCUACAAAUGUACUAAACAAAUACAACGUUAUGAUAGUUCAUAUGAGUUUGAUAAAUCAGACGUCUCCUUUAUCUCUGUGAAAGAGCUCUUCUCUUCUCCAGAAAUAAAAGUGACCCCGUCCAGGGUAAUAGGAGGAGAUGAGAUGACGGUGACAUGUGACACCAGACUGGAUCCUCUCAGAGGUGGCACAGAGCUGCACUUUGCCUUCUACAGAGAUGGAUGGACUGUGCGGGAAUACAAUGUAUCUGAUACAUACAGAGAUGGACGGACUGUGCGGGGAUACAAUGUAUCUGAUACAUACAGAGUGCGGUCAUCUCAGCUGGAGGAUUCUGGGAAUUAUACCUGUGAAGUGAGGACGGCGUCUGACACUGUGAGGAAGAUGAGUGAUGGGAUCUAUAUCCAGAUACACAUACAUGAUUACACGGUGCAGAAUAUAAUACGACUGGUGAUCUCUGGAUUUGUAUUAUCUGCUGUUGUAUGUUUCCCCUACUUCCACAACAAGUGGUAGAGAAGAAGAAGAAGAAGAAGAAGAAGAAGAAGAAGAAGAAGAAGAAGAAGAAGAAGAAGAAGAAGAAGAAGA